AUGAGGCUGCAAGCCCUUUCCGACGCGCUGAACCCGCUGAGCCCCUUGGCGAAUUUGUCGCUGUCGAGCAGUCCGCACCGCGUGCUCGUCGUGGGCUGCGCGUAUGGCGGCCUCAGUGCUGUCGUCAACCUGCUCGACUACGAAAAGGGGAAAGCGCGGCAGAGUGUGUAUCCUGGUCCGGACUUCAAGGGCGCGAAGAGCCGCAACGGGAUUGAGAUCACCGUUAUUGAUGAGCGGGAUGGGUAUUUCCACUCCGUCGGCGCGCCGCUCGCGCAUGUCGCGCCGAAGCAUACUACGGCAAUGUGGAAGAGGUUUGAGAAGCUGAAGGAGCUGCGGCAGCCGAAUCUGCAUUUCAAACACGGAUCGGUUAGGAAGGUGGACCCGGAGAGUAAGGUCGCGGAGUGGCUGGAUCGACACGGGACGACGCAGCACCAGGCGUACGACUACCUCGUUAUGGCAACUGGGCUGAAGCGCCACUGGCCCGCGGUGCCUAAGGCGGGCAGCUACGAAGAGUACCUGAAAGACGGGAAGGGCUUCAUCGCCAAGAUCGUCGGCGGCGAUCCGUCACAUCCACAGGCGGGACGCAGAGUCGUCAUCAUCGGCGCGGGAGCGGUGGGCGUCGAGUUCGCCGGCGAGAUCAAGAACUACUACCCCUGCAUCGACGUCACGCUCGUCCACUCGCGCGCCCGAGUCCUCUCCUCCGAGCCGCUCCCCGCUGAAGUAAAAGACCAAGCUAAGCGCAUCCUCGAAGAAGAAGGCGUGCACGUCGUCCUGGGCCAGCGCGCGUCCGUCGCCGAGCUACCGUCCGGCCAGUUCGCCAUCACGCUCGCCAGCGGCGACACCCUCGCCGCGGACUUCGUCAUCGACUCCACGAAAAAGGGUAUCCCCACGACCGACGUCCUCCCCACCGAGUGCCUGAACGCCGAUAAAGAGAUCCUCGUCCACCCCACGCUCUCCUUCAACGCUUCCAUCCCGAACGCCUCCUCGCACUACGGUGUCGGCGACGUAGUCGCCUGGUCCGGCAUCAAGCGCGCCGGCUCCGCCAUGGUAAUGGGGCAAGCCGCCGCGCAGAACAUCUACGCUUCGAUCCUAAAUUCCGAGGCCCUUCCCACCGCUACGACUGACCUUACUCCAUCAUAUCCACUCACCGAACUCCCCUCCUGGCCUGCGGUCAUUGGCCUCGCGGUCGGAAAGCAGUGUCUACUGUGGGACAAGACGAAUGGGAUGAAGUGGGGAGUCGAGGUGAUGCAGGCGUAUUUCCAGGAUGAUUUAGGGUGGGCGAGGAAUCUGGCUUUUAUGGGGUUGACAGAUGUGGUGGAGGGGGAGAGGGCAGAGGAGAAUGAAGCGGCCGAGGGGGUGAAGAUGGGAGAGGUGGGUGUUGAGGUCGUGAGUGCGGCUGCGUGA